UGUACAGUCUGCGGGUGGAGGUAUGUAGUGUGAGGUCAUCAGGAGGGGACAGCACAUUAACCCCUUCAGGACUCGGGAUGUGUCUGGGUGGCUUCUCCCCUUAUACUCCAGUGUCUCCCUAUCUGGGUGUAGAAUCCUUCUAUCAGUGAUAAAGACCAAUGACAGCUCCUCAGCAGAUUGUGGCUCCUACAUUAAAGAAUUUUCUACAGGUAUAUGAGAGAAUUCUCCUGAAUGAGUGAUCAGCGAUGGAGAGAGACAGGAACAAGAUGGCCGACAGGAUAAUAAACCUCACCCUACAGAUACUCUUCCGGCUUACUGGAGAGGAUUACACAGUAGUGAAGAAGUCCUCUAGUGGGCGCUGUCGGGCCCCUGUGUGUGAAGGAUGGGGAAGAACCCCUAGCCCAAUCCCGGGGACCCCACCUCACCCCCUGAUACAUGAGGAAAUGGAGGAACAGAAGAUCCUAGAACUGAUCAACAAGAUGAUUGAGCUGCUGACUGGAGAGGUUCCUAUAAGGUGUCAGGACGUGGCGGUCUAUUUCUCCAUGGAGGAGUGGGAGUAUGUAGAAGGACACAAGGAUCAGUACAAGGAUCAGGUGAUGAUGGAGGAUCAGCAGCCCCUCACAUCAGCAGUCAGAUCCAGUAAGAGAACAGCAGCAGAGAGGUGUCCCCGUCCUCUUCUUCCACAGGAUCAGGAUCAGGUUGAAGAUCUGAAGAAUAUUUAUGGUAUACACAUAAUAGUAAAAGAAGAGGAGACAGAUGUGAGCGGUGAUGAGCAGUAUAAGGAGGACAUUCCUACAAGGAAAGAUCUGAUGUAUAUUAAUGCUACAGACAUAAGGGAAGAAGAAGAGACAGAUAAGAGCGGUGAUGAGCAGUAUAAGGAGGACAUUUCUACAGGAAAAGAUCUGAUGUACAUUAAUGCUACAGAUAUAAGGGAAGAAGAAGAGACAGAUGUGAGCGGUGAUGAGCAGUAUAAGGAAGACAUUCCUACAGGGAAAGAUCUGAUGUACAUUAAUGCUACAGAUAUAAGGGAAGAAGAAGAGACAGAUGUGAGCGGUGAUGAGCAGUAUAAGGAAGACAUUCCUACAGGGAAAGGUCUGAUCUAUAUGAAUGCUAUAAAAGUAAAAGAAGAGGAGACAGAUGUGAGCCGUGAUGAUCAGUAUAAGGGGGACAUUCCUACAGAUAAUCGUCCAGAUUCUUGUACCCGGAGAUCAGAGGAGAAUCUUAUAUCUUCAUAUUAUAAAGCAGAUGAUGAUAUCACACAAGAUACAUAUGAAGAACAUUCCAUUAUCCCAGAUACACCCUCAGCCCUUCACAGACAAGAUCUGUCAUCUCAUCCUGUUAUACCCGUCCUGUCUUCUGAUCCAUCACAGACUGUUACACAAAAUAAAAGUUACAGAAAGGAUGAUGCACAUCAAAGAUUUCAGACAGAAAAGUAUCCAUGUUCAUGUUCACAAUGUGGAAAAUGUUUUACCCAUAAAAAAUAUCUUGUGAUACAUCAGGUCAUCCACACAACGCGGAGGCCAUUUUCAUGUUCAGAAUGUGGGAAAUGUUUUAAUGCAAACAACAAUUUUCUUAAACAUCAUAUAAUUCCCACAGGGCAGGAGCAAUUCCCAUGUUCAGUGUGUGGGAAAUGUUAUAUUAGGAAAGCGGGUCUUGAUCAGCAUCAGAGAAUUCACACAGGAGGGAAGCCCUUUUCAUGCUCUGCAUGUGGGAAAUGUUUUAUUAGGAAAUCAACUCUUGUUGAACAUCAGAGAAGUCACACGGAGGAGAAGCAAUUUUCAUGUUCGGAAUGUGCGAAAAGUUUUACUAUGAAAUCAAAGCUUGCUAGACACGUGAGAAUUCACACGGGAGAGAAGCCAUUUUCAUGUUCACAAUGUGGAAAAUGUUUUACUCAGAAAUCCCAUCUCGUUGACCAUCAAAAAUUUCACACAGGCGAGAAGCCGUUUUCAUGCCCAGUAUGUGCAAAAUGUUUUACUUUAAAGUCACAGGUGGUUAGACAUCAGAGAAUGCACACAGAGGAAAAGCCAUUUUCAUGCCCAGAAUGUGGCAACUGUUUCACUCAGAAAUCGGGCCUUGUUCACCAUCAGAGAAUUCACACAGGGGAGAAGCCAUUUACCUGUUCAGAAUGUGGGAAAUGUUAUAUUAGGAAAUCGGAUCUUGUUAAACAUCAAAGAACUCACACAGGGGAAAAGCCAUAUUCAUGUUCAGAAUGUGGGAAAUGUUUUACUUUAAAACCAAGGCUUGUUAGACAUUUGAGAAUUCACACGGGGGAGAAGCCGUUCACGUGUCCGGAAUGUGGGAAAUGUUUCACUCAGAAGUCGGCUCUUUUUCAACACAAGAGAAUUCACACUGGGGAGAAGCCACAUUCUUGUUCGGAAUGUGGGAAAUCUUUUUCACGGAAACUAGAUCUUGUUCUACAUCAGAGAAUUCACACUGGGGAGAAGCCAUUUUCAUGCUCUGAAUGCGGGAAGUGUUUUACCCACAAGUCAUCUCUAACUGCACAUCAAAGAGCUCACACGAGAAAAGCAUUUAUAACUCCAGACCGAAAUUGUCCAAUCACCAAGAACCUGGUUGACCCUCCAGUUUAUUACGUAAAGAAUUCAGAUAAUAAUGCCACCUAUACACAAACAGGGGAGUGGGAGGGAAAUAACAUCAGUACAGAUGGCCCUAUUGAAGGAUGUAAACAACACAUCCGAGGGGUAGCCCCGUUCAACGAACCUAUCCCUCAGAUCCCUUGCCUGAUUGUUGAAACCUUCCAUCGACGAACAGUUCCUACGUAUCCGCAGGAAUUGUCCAGUGGGGAUACGGCCUUAACAUCAGAACGUAAAGAGUUGCUAACCCCGAAAAAUAGGACCAUUGAGGACAAUUCUGUUAGAUUAAUUGGUACCUAUGAUAACCAAUCAGAAAGGUCCUCUAGUGGGCGCUGUCGGGCCCCUGUGUGUGAAGAAUGGGGAAAAACCCUGAGCCCAAUCCCGGGGCCCCCACCUCACUCCCUGAUACAUGAGGAAAUGGAUGAACAGAAGAUCCUAGAACUCAUCAACAAGAUGAUGGAGCUGAUGACUGGAGAGGUUCCUAUAAGGUGUCAGGACGUGGCGGUCUAUUUCUCCAUGGAGGAGUGGGAGUAUGUAGAAGGACACAAGGAUCAGUACAAGGAUCAGGUGAUGAUGGAGGAUCAGCAGCCCCUCACAUCAGCAGUCAGAUCCAGUAAGAGAACAGCAGCAGAGAGGUGUCCCCGUCCUCUUCUUCCUCAGGAUCAGGAUCAGGGGAAAGAUCUGAACAAUCUUAAUGGUAUAAACAUUAUAGUAAAAGAAGAGACAGAUGUGAGCGGUGGUGAGCAGUAUAAAGAGGACAUUCCUACAGGGAAAGAUCUCAUCUAUAUUAAUGCUACAGACAUAAGGGAAGAAGAAGAAGAAGAGACAGAUGUGAGCAGUGAUGAGCAGUAUAAGGAAGACCUUCCUACAGGGAAAGAUCUGACCUAUAUUAAUGCUACAGACAUAAGGGAAGAAGAAGAAGAAGAGACAGAUGUGAGCAGUGAUGAGCAGUAUAAGGAGGACAUUCCUACAGGAAAAGAUCUGACCUAUAUUAAUUCUACAGACAUAAGGGAAGAAGAGACAGAUGUGAGCAGUGAUGAGCAGUAUAAGGAGGACAUUCCUACAGGAAAAGAUCUGACCUAUAUUAAUGCUACAGACAUAAGGGAAGAAGAAGAGACAGAUGUGAGGAGUGAUGAGGAGUAUAAGGAGGACAUUCCUACAGGUAACCCCCCAGAUGACUGUACCAGGACCUCAGAGGGACAUCUGAUAUCGACGGAUUUUACUCAGAAAUCAGAUCUUGAUACACAUCAAAAAAUUCACAUAGAGGAGAAGCCAUUUUCAUGCUCAGAAUGUGGUAAAUGUUUCCCUCACAAAUCGAGACUUGACUUACAUCAAAGAACUCACACAGGAGAGAAGCCAUUUCUGUGUUCAGAUUGUGGGAAAUGUUUUCCUACAAAAACUAAACUUGGCAUACAUAGAAAAACUCACACAGGAGAGAAGCCAUUCUCAUGUUCAGAAUGUGGGAAAUGUUUUACUCAAAAAGCAAUGCUUGUUGGACAUCUGAGAAUUCACACAGGGGAGAGUCCAUUUCCGUGUCCAGAAUGUGGGAAAUGUUUUACUCAAAAAGCAAAGCUUGUUAGACAUUUGAAAAUUCACACAGGAGUGAAUCAAUUCCCAUGCCCAGAAUGUGGAAAGUGUUUUAAUGAGAAGGCCUAUUUAAUUAAACAUCAGAGAAUUCACACAGGGGAGAAGCCAUUUUCAUGUUCACAAUGUGGGAGAUGUUUUAGGGAGAAAACCCAUCUUGUUAAUCAUCAGGAGAUCCACACAGAGGAGAAGCCAUUUUCAUGUUCAGAAUGUGGGAAAUGUUAUACUCAAAAAGGAAAGCUUGUUAGACAUCAGAGAAGUCACACAGUGGAGAAGCCAUUUCCAUGCCCACAAUGUGGUAAGUGUUUUAUUUGGAAAUCAACUCUUGUUCAACAUCAGAGAAUUCACACAGGGGAGAAGCCAUUUUCAUGUUCAGAAUGUGGGAAACGUUAUAAUCUAAAAUCCAGUCUUGUUAAACACCAGAGAAUUCACACGGGGGAGAAGCUGUUUUCAUGUCAUGAAUGUGGGAAAUGUUUUACUGGAAAUUCAAGUCUUGUCGAACAUCAGAGAAUUCACACAGGUGAGAAGCCAUAUUCAUGCCCAGAAUGCGGAAAGUCUUUUAACCGAAAAUCAACUCUACAUGAACAUCAAAGUACUCACAUAAGUAUAAUAUUUUCAUGACCAGAAUGUGAGAAAUGUUCACCCACAAAUCACAUCUUCUAAAAGGGUCACUUCACAAUUAAUAACCCAAUAUCCUUGGGGAGAAAAAAAAAUCUAGAAUUUUUGGAAGUUUUUUUUAAAUUUUAUUUCAGCAGUACUAUGCAAUUUAAAAACUAUUGAUACUGAAGGGACAUAACUAAGUAGGGAAAUCAUUCUAAUAUAUCAAUAAUUUAUAGGGCUGAGUGGCCCCACAAAGGACCCAUCCCUUCUUAUUAGAGAAAUGGGGUUAAACAGUAGUUCGCAAAGCUAUUAAAUGUAUUCAUCAAAUUUUUUAUUUCAGUGCUCAUGUGACUGACACACAAACGUUUCCUACCAACGUGUUUUGCUGCAACCAUAGUACCAUCAGGGGACUCACAGGAGGGGAUAAGAUGUCUAAUCCUUGGGGGGGGGGGGGGGUCACUGAGAGCCCUGUGAUCUAAGGGAUGGCACGGCGGCGUUCUAAACACAGAAGCUUGGAGGUUCUGUAUUCAUGACAUCGCACCCCCUCCAUUCAGGUCUAUGGGAGGGGGCGUGACGGCCUGUUAUCCGGCACAGAGCAGAGUUCACUUUGUGCAACAGAUGACUGGGCGGCCGUGCCGUAGAUCGUGGCCGGAGCCCCGCAAUCAGACAUCUCAUCCCCUCUCCUUUGUAUAGGAGAUAAGAUGUCAAGGGGCGGAGUCCCCCUUUAAAGGAGUAGUCCAGUGGUGAAAAACUUAUCCCCUAUCCUGCGAUCUCUCUGUACGGGGGCCAGGC